AUGUCUGUUCGAAUACAACUCGACAACCCUCAUAGCUUUUACACGAAUCUCGAUUUCAUCAGCGGCAGAGUUAUUCUGAACCUUACAAGCGAUGAAGCGGUUAGUAGAAUAGUUGUGAAGAUCGAGGGGGAGAGCAAAACCCGUCUAUCGAGACCACCAGAAAUGUUAUAUACACAAGGUCCCAACAAUCCUCCUGCACUUUAUUCGAGGCGAGACAGACAGGAAAUAUGUCAGGAGAACCACAAGAUUCUAUACAAGGUCGCAGAAGUGUUUCCCAACAAGGCAAUCGUCAGUUCAUAUACACUCAGAGCAGGGCAACAUGAGUAUCCUUUCCGCAUCAAGUUGCCCAUUAACAAUGGCUGCCAUGAUCCGGCAUCGCAACAAAUGGGUCCUGGUAGUGGGUUUGGAGGUCUCGGAAUUCAGGGCAUACAACAGAUGCAGUAUACACACGUUAAAAGGACAUUACCUCCUUCACUUACUGGAUUUCCGGGGGAAGCCGAGAUAAGAUAUUAUGUCAAAGUCACUGUACAAAGACCCUCAAUGUUUAAGGAGAAUAGAAGAUCAACAAUUGGAUUUAAGUUUCUACCGAUCGAAGCUCCAAGGCCUCCUAAGACCACAAAUGAAGCGUUUGCAAAACGGCCGUUUAUGUUCCAAAAUGGGGGCCCAACCUAUGCGAAAAAGGGUCUAUUCACGAAGAAAGCUAAGCAGUUAUCAAAUACGUCCCCGCAAGGAGAAGUCGAUGCUCGACUACCUAGUCCUCCCAUCUUGACUUGCAAUAAGCCUUUACCAAUGAGGAUCCUUCUUAGAAGAACUAACACAAGCCCUGAGCAUGUAUUCCUCAUGUCUUUGCAAGUAAACCUUCUUGGGACCACUGAGGUAAAGGCUGCAGAUGUUAUUAGAAUUGAAACAAGUACUUGGGUCGUGAUGAGUUUGACUGGACUAUCCAUUCCUAUUGGAUCACCGGACGAUCCGAUCGGUACUGAGACAGCUAUAGAUAGUAAAUUAUGGGAUGCAAUUCCUUUGCCAAAUACUGUUGCACCUUCCUUUGUCACUUGCAAUCUUGCUCGUCGAUAUGAGCUUGAGGUGAGGAUUGGAUUAGGUUAUGGCUACCCAGGAGAGAUUCAGUCGCAAACAAUAUCAAUUCCUCUUAGAUUCCAAAUUGAAAUCUUUUCUGGCAUUGAACCACCAGCGGCACUUCUAGACGCCAUGACAACUCAUCCCCCUAUUCCAGUAAGACCUCCAGUCAACACAGCACCACCGCCUUUUGAUCCGGCAUUUCCACCUCAAGUUGGAGCGCCAGGGGCACCGGCUCUAGAUGAUGCUCCGCCUUCUUAUGAAGAUGCUUUAGCGGAAGACAUCACCCAAGCGAAUGGUACUUCGAGACCUGCGUAUAGUGGCGUUACGAACGAGAAUGCGCCCGGUAUUGAUGAGAAAGGGGGCUUGAGUAGUGGGCAUCAAAAGGGCGAGGCUUCGCGUACAGGCUGA